AUGGGUGUCGUACUUGAUGCUGAUGGCGAUUUGUUUAUCACAGAUAUAGAUGGUCAUCGUAUUAUUAGAUGGGGUCCGAAUGGAGCUCAAUGUUUAGUUGGAUACUCGGAUACAUCAGGCUCAGAACCUCAUAAAUUAUAUCAUCCUACAAAAUUCUAUUUGGUCACCAAUUCUUGCGACAUGAUGACAGUUGAAGCUUUGACCAAUAGUAUGACAACGGCACAUCUCACCGCAGCAAUGCUAAAAACUACAAUCGGACAAUCAAUGUUAAGUUUUAUCCCUAAACCAUGUAAUGACACUUCGUCUAUCGGUUCUAUCUGUAAUAGUUCGAGUAGUAUCUGUAUUUCGUCUAAUCCAUGUAAAAAUAAUGGCAUGUGUAGCAAUGUAAACAACAAUACUCUCGAUUUUCUCUGUUUCCGUCCAGCAGGUUACAAUGGAACAUAUUGUGAAAUUGAUCACCGACCUUGUAAACCACAUACCUGUCUAAAUCAAGCUCUUCAUUGUGAAUCAUUGGUUAAUCACUGUGAUUUGAAAAAUAUUACAUGUCACAAUAAUGGUAUUUGUCAACCACUAUUCCUUAAUUAUACAUGUGAAUGUCUCGGCAAUAAUUAUUAUUCUGGCCGUCAUUGUGAAAUAACAUCAAGAAAAAUCGUGAUCUUUAAAUUUGUUUCCAAAUCUUUUUCUUAUAUUGCAAUGAUCAUUGUUGCUAUGUUUAUUGUGAUUAUGGAUAUAUUGAAAUAUUGUUUUGGAAUUGAUCCAGUCGCUGAAAAACGACGAAGAAUCCGUCGAGAGAAACUGCUGGAAAAACGAAAACGAGUUGUUAUUCAACGAUUCGUUUAUGUUAAUGCGCCCUCAAAACAAUUAGCACCUAACAUCCCAAGCAUCACUGUAGAAGACACUUCUGUUUGA